AUGGCUACCAAGGAUAGACUCAAGAUUAUAGACAAGAGAACAGCCCCUUCACGUUAUCAGAUAACUGAAACAGCGUAUGGUACACUCAAUGUACCCUUCACAAGGAUUUUCUCCUCGAACGAUGGAUACACUGCAAUAUGCAGGGACUACGGGGAUGCAGAUACCAUUCUGAGCCCUGAGGGAAUGCAAGCCUUUGGAGACAUAGGACUCCAGGUCUGGGGCAGGGAAUGGAGCCGAGCCAAAAGGAGUGGCAAAGGGAGACACGAGAGUUUCAUGACGCCUUCAGUGAUCUUGGCUGUGCAUCUGACUAACCAUGGUGCCCCUGAUGACCAGAACCCGUACAGUACUACUGUUACCCUGCAUGAUGCAGCUCAUGAACUACACGAAAGUUUCAUAGCAAGGAUGUCAAAACAGGGGCCCGAUGAGCUGGAGCUUCCAGCCUUUAAGCCCGCCGCGGCUGCCUUUCUCGAGUCUUGCAAGGAGCUUCUCCACUCGGAUCAUGGCCGCCUUAUACCUCGGCCUAGUAACACAGUCAGGAGCGUGGUUCAUGCAGGAUACCGUUGGCAACCUCCAGAAAGGUCCUGGAUUGAUGCUCCUCCCCGCCCCGGCACCAUCUUAGUGUUAGCGGGAGAAUUCCUCAAGUUUUACUCUGGGAACAAGUUCUUGGCCUCGAUGCACCAAGUUGUGAUCCCCACUGAUGAGAAGCAGCGGAAGGCUCCUCGAACCUCAAUGAUGUACUUUACCCACGCCGACAACCACGUUCCUUUUGACCCAACUCCUCCACAGAGAAACCCGAGACUGUCUUCCAGAGAAUUAAAUGAUUAG